UCUUGAAUAAGCAUAAUGAUCACAAGAACCAAAGGCCUCCAGGCGUGCUCCAACCCAAGCACUUCGGUCACAGGGUUGCUCCCUAGAUGUUGGCAGGGGCCCUCCCCAACUCUGUCCUCGCGGGGCCGCCCAGGGCGAGGUGCCCUGGGCUCAGACCGUCCGGGCACCAAGAGCGGGGCGGGGCCACUCGCGCUCCUCCCCGCCUCCGCCGACCCUCAGCCCCUCACCCCCAAAUCUAGAGAAUUCUCCGCGCUCCAAACUGCAGUUUCCGGGACCCGUGCGAGUGCAGAUAAAAAGAGCGCGGAGGACCGGAGACGCACAGCGCUCGGAGCCUCCACCCGCGCCGCCUCCGUCUCGCCCAGCUCCAGGUCCAAGAUGCACCCCGUGCCCUGCCGCGCCUCCCGCACCCCGGGUCUGCUGUGCGCGCUGCUCGCGCUGCUGCUGCUGCUGCCGGAGCCCCAAGUGCACGCUGGUCCUGUCGCGGCGAUGAGAGAGCUCCGCUGCGUCUGUCUGACCAUCACGCAAGGUGUCCACCCCAAAAUGAUCGCCAGCCUGCAAGUGACCGCCUCAGGCCCGCACUGUCCCAGGGUGGAAGUGGUAGCCUCCUUGAAGAACGGGAAACAAAUCUGUCUGGACCCAGAAGCCCCGCUGUUCAAGAAAGUUAUCCAGAAAAUGCUGGACAGCAGUGGAAACAAGCAAAACUGAUCAAGAGGAAGCACCGUGCAUUGGAAAAGUUGUCCAGUCUUCCAGAGACAGCAGGGGCUCUAUUUCUUUGGGCCUCUGAAUCCGAGAAAGACAAAAAAGAAAGGCUGAUUUUUUUUUUUUUUCCCAGUAUUUUUUGGUGUAGCUUCCCUGCUCGGAAGAGGACAGGGAAAUGUUUGCUGCUGAAUUUCUGCUUAAUUUAAUAAGUAUUUAGUGUAAUAUUUCCCGCUGUUUGCUGUUACUCAGUAGUUAUUUGUAUUAUGAGUGAAGAAUCAUUGCGUGUUAAUAUUUCUAGGACAUAUUCCUUGUAGUGUCAGUGAAGGGCUACCGGUUUAAUAGACGAGUUAUGUUUUGUUAGAAUGCUGUUGAGGGAGAGACACCUUAUUCUCACUCUGCUAAUGAAGCAGAAAAUAUUGUAGUGUUGUUUCUGGGCUAAUGUGUUACAGAAUUCCUUACUCUUGACCUGGUCUGUUCUUUAAGUAAUCUUACACAUAUUAGAAAGUUGGGUAUGUCAUACAGGAACUUAUGUAGAAUAUAUUUCCUUAUUUAGACUUUCUAAAUAUUGAAGUUCUAUAAGGAAUAAUAUAUUCUCUUCCAGUAACUUUAGACAUUUGAUGUCUUCUUAGUAUGGCAUAAUGUCAUGAUGCUCAUUAAAUUUUGAUUUUAUAUGCUAUUUAUUAACUAUUUUAUUAGGUAUAUUAUAAUUUAGAUCACUAAAUAUAUGUUUUGAAUAGAUGAAGAAGAUUAUGAAACAGGUAUAUUCCUAAUAUCUAGUGCCUAUAGAAAUGUAUGUGUUUUUUAAAUAACAAAUUUAACAAUGAUUGGUACUCUGAAAGUUUUGAAAAUACAUCUGAUAGAUUACUUUAUAACUUCAUCAUUUAAUCUUUCAGAAGUACAGAACAUUGCUAAGACUUUUACAUGUCUACAGUUUAAAAGUUUGGACUAUUUUUUGUUAUAGGUGAAAGCGUAUAUGUAUCACAUCCACAAUGUUAAAAUGAAACUUUUAAAAACAUGUGUUGGAUUGGCUUAUACUACUUAUUUGUGUUUUUGGAAAAAAAAAAUAAAAGAUUUCUAAACUU